UAAACUUCUCUACAUGAGCAUCAUCUCUCUCUCUCUCUCUCUCUCUAUACAAGGCAAACACCAAAUCUAUAUCACCAUCAAACUUUCAUUUCUUUCUUCUUUGCUGUUCUUUUCUUCAUGUUCUUUGUGUAUCCAGAAAAACACACACAAGCUAUCCUUUUUGCUUAUUACAAAGCGAUACAUAAAGUCUCGUAAAUGGGGCUCAUCCCGGGUCUCCCGGACGACGUUGCCUACGAGUGUCUGAUUCGUGUUUCUGUCGAUUUAUCGACUGCUGCAUCGGUAUCUACAACUUGGAAGGCUAAGAUUGAGCUAUCGGAAUUUCGCCAUCGUCAGAAAAUCACCGGCUUAACCCGACCUAUCAUUGUGAUGGCUCAAGCAAAGGAGAGCCAUGCCAUGAAGUUCAUGUUCAUGCCGGCAUACCAACUUCUUGUUUAUGAGGCAGAAAGUGGUAAUUGGUAUAAACUACCACCAUUGCCCCGGUUUCCCAAUGGGCUCCCCUUGUUUUGCCAACUUGUUGGGGUCGGAUUGGAUUUGGUUAUUAUUGGUGGGUAUGACCCAGUGACUUGGGAGGUUUCUAAGUUGGUUUUUAUAUACAAUUUCAUAUCAGCCAAGUGGCGGCAAGGGGUUGAUGUGCCAGGUGGACCAAGAUCUUUCUUUGCAUGUGCGUCCAAUUCUGAUCUGAUGGUGUUUAUUGCUGGUGAACAUGACAACAAUAAGAAUGCAUUGAGCUCGGUGAUAAUGUAUGACGUGGUAAAAGAUGCACAGACUCCACUACCCGACAUGUCAAGAGAGAGGAAUGAGUGCAAAGGUGUGUUUCACAAUGAAAAAUUCCACGUCAUUGGUGGCUAUAACACAGAGGGACAAGGUCGUUUUGAGAGAAGUGUUGAGGCUUUUGAUAUUGCCACGUGGCAAUGGAGAGAUGUGGAGGAGAACUUCUUGGGAAUUGCAACUUGUCGGACUUGCGUGGACGGUAUGUCGGGAAGUGCAAGGGCUUCAGGAUUAGUAGAUGAACCAAAGGCUGGUGGCGGAUGA